GUGGACCAUUUCAGAGCUGGGAUGACUUGUGAAAAAAUGUAUGUUAAUUACCUCUAGCAAGUGUUAUGACUUUGAGUGAGAGGAAAUAAAACUCUCAGCACUGGGUUCUCGGUCUAAAAUUCCCUUUUCUGUUAUGGUUUUUCUGGAUUUUAUAAAGUUCAACGCGCAGAUUCACAAGUGUGACGCUGCCUGACCUAUUACGUAGCUGAUUAAGGGCUCGUCGUGAACUAACUGGUUUGUUCAACUUAUGGAGGCACAUCCAAGAUAUAUUGUGACCAGGCACCUCUGACCUACUGGAAUGGAAAACCAAGAAGAUGAAGUUGACGACCAGCAGAACAGCACGACGGGCAGCGACGGCGCGAACUCUAGCGGAGAUUCGCCCCCAUCCAAACGCAAGGGCAAGUUCUCCAAUCUGGGCAAGAUCUUCAAGCCCUGGAAAUGGAGAAAGAAGAAGGUCACGAAUGAGAAGUUCAAGGAGACAUCAGAGGUGCUGGAGAGGAAAAUCUCGAUGAGGAGGAGCAGGCAGGAGCUGAUAGACAAAGGAGUACUAAAGGAAGUUCUGGACAACGAGAGUAAUGAUGUAAAAGCCCCCUCAGUGAAAAACGGUCACACAGCACCUCUGCCAGGGGACCGGGGGCACACCAUGGGGUCAGAUGUCAAGGGCCCAACCUGGCGGCCACAGGGUGAGGAUCGGAAGAACGUAGCAGAUGCGGACCGCCGCAGCCGGGCGCCAUCGGACGCGCCCCGUAACCGCCAGCCCCUGGACGUGGAUACCCGCACCCGUGGGCCCCUCGAGACGGACCGACGCAGCCACCUGGGUUCAGACAGCGAAAAUCGCACCGCGUCUCUGCCUAGGGACCGGCACGGGCAAGACGAGGGCAGAAAGCGUGAGCGGAGGGACGAUAGGGAGGACCGAGAGCGGCGGGACAGGAGGGACGACCGGACAGAGCGAGAAGACGGGGAGAAGAGAGACGGGCGGGGGGAUAGGGAGGAGAAGAAGGAGACGAGAGAGAGGAGGGAGGAGCGCGAGAGGAGGGAGGAGCGCGAGAGGAGGGAGGAGGGAGGCAGGAAGGAGGGCCGACGGCCAGAGCCCGCCAGGCAGGUUGUAGAGAGCAGGCAGCUCAGGCCUCAGUCUGAGAUGGACCUAAGGAGCACGCUGCAGAAGAGUUCAUCAGAAGUGGGCCAGAGAGUGCGGCUAGCCUCAGAGGCAAACCACAGGAGCACGCUCCCCCGCCACGCACCCUCUGUGGAUGAGCCCCGAGGACACACAGGGUCCAGUGGCAUGCGUGUUCUCUCUAUCCCCGAGCCCGAGCCUCACACUAAACAGGCCAUACUGCCCCCAAAAUGGCUGAUGUCCUCCACUGAGUCUGGCCUCUCAUCGUCCUCUUCGUCUGCUUCAUCGGUGUCCUCGACAUCCUCUUCCUCGUCUGCUCCCCCCAUUGCAAAGCCCCCUCCCCGCACCGUGUCCCUCUUGGCAGACGACUCGUCCCGCCAGAGCCCCGCGCCUGUGGCUACGGCUGGAGGCCAGGAGGCCCCGCCCACUGUUCUGGGACAUGCCCCGCCCCCCUCCCCUGUGCUUCCUCCUGCUGUAGCUUCUGAUCCCUCAGCACCCCCCACCUCUGCCAAGCAGCCCCCGGUGCCUCCACCCAAACCCUCCAACCGAAACAGCAACCCUGCACUGCAAGAGGUCCCUCUCUUGAGAAAUGCUCUUCUCAUCUCCGCAACGUUACGCAGAUACGGCAAGCCUCCGCCCCCUCCCUAUUGGACCAGCUGGCGAUGGCAGGCCGAGUACGGGGUCUACCUCUCCCUGCCCAGCUACCUGUGUCGCCGCGGCGCCCAGUCGUGCCCAGGUGAUGCACUUCCAGCUACAGGAGGUCCACACCCAGUUUCAGCCAAGCGCUCCCCUCCCAUUCCCCCUAAGAGGAUGACGCCUGUCGCCAAACGCCAAUCUGAAGACCUUUCAUCACACCAGGUCGAGCCUGCCGCCAGGACCUCCUCCCUCGAGCUGCCGUCCUCCCGAUCCGAAGACAGCAAGUGCCCCAACCCCGCACCUGGGAUGGCCUCUCCUCCGCCUGCCCAUAUCCCUCCAUCUCCCACUCAUGCCAACCCCCAGCCUGUCGUCCUAAGAGUGGACCCGCCCAGCCCCACCACCGAGCCGCCCUCCCAUCCCCCGGCCCUGCCCCUGCACUUGCAGAUCCGGAGGGCGCUGGCCAGCCCUAGGCCGGCUCACCCCAACCCGGAGGGCUCGCAGAGGGCUCAUUCGCUGCUGUUUGAGACACCACCAGCACUGGUCAUUGACACGGGACGGCACUCGCUCCCUGUCACCAUCGAACCCCUCAGACUGCCUGAGGAUGAUGAUUUUGAUUUGGAGGAGGAGAUGCAGAAGCUACACCCCGCCCCGCGGCAGCCUGAGCUGGAGCCCCGGAGCCGAUGGGGCUUAGUGGGUGAGCCCAGCGUCACGGUCAUCCCUGAGCACGGGAGGAACGGAGACAGCGAGGAGGAUGAGAGCGACUCGGACGGACCCGUCCUCUACAGAGACGACGAGGAGGAAGACGAGGAGGAUGUACCCAUUAGUGGUCUGGCGGCCCGUGUGAAGCGGAAGGACACUCUGGCCAUGAAGUUGGAGAAGCAACAGGAGCAGCUCCCCCAGGAGGCCAGCAGCUGGAAGAGCCGCGAGCAGUGGGAGGCUGUUCGCAACAAGAUCGGCACCACCCUCACGCGGAGACUGAGUCAGAGGCCCACACAGCAGGAGCUGGAGCAGCGGAACAUUCUGCAAGCCAAGAACGAGGCAGACCGGCGGGCAGAGAGGAGUGAGAUUAAACGUAGACUCACAAGAAAGUUGUCCCAAAGGCCCACAGUGGCUGAGCUGCAGGCCAGGAAGAUCCUGCGUUUCCACGAGUACGUGGAGUGCACACAUGCGGAAGACUACGACCGGCGUGCCGACAAACCCUGGACCAAACUCACCCCUGCUGACAAGGCUGCCAUCAGAAAGGAACUGAAUGAGUUCAAGAGUUCAGAGAUGGAAGUGCAUGAAGACAGCAGGAUGUACACCAGGUUUCACCGACCGUAGUCACCAGACACUGAGGGAGAAAGCUUCACCCAGCCGGGGCUGUGGAACUCCACCCGCGGGACACGUUCCUGUCCUCCGCCGGCGCUGCUGCUCACAGCCCCGUGGGACCAGAGUCAUGGUCCCACCCCACAGCCUCGGACGGACAGGCUGCGCAGGACCAGUGUGCCGUGGCUACCGCGCUUUAUCUUUCUUUCUUUUUUCUGAGGGUCGUUGUGGAGUGCCAAUCCACGAGGCCUUCCCUGGACUCCUCGGUCAGGCCGAGUGGUUCACUUGGCCCGUGCUGGGACUUGUAAGGGCGGGCAUCAGAAGACUGCGCUGAACGCUUUCUGGAGUCACUCAGCUGGUUGUCACCUGGAUGGCCUUUUCUUGUUUUUAGAUUAUGCAAACCCAGAAAAUAUACAUAUGUGUAUUUUUAUAAACAGGAAUUUGCGUGUUCAGCAAUAAUUAAUUUUAUGGUAAUGAUGACACUGUGAUCUUUGUAGUCAGAACAGAAUGUGAUGGUGUCAGAGCGUGUGUGUGGUGCGCGUGUGUGUGGUGCGCGUGUGUGUGUGUGAGUGAGAGAGGGGGUGUAUGUUUUGGGGAUGUGCUGUUCUCCUCUGCCUUAAUGCUGAUGCAGAAAUACUUCAGAUCUCUCCAGCCUCUGUAUGAGCCCGUAACAGAAGGGCUCAGAACAUUGACAAAGCUACUGCAUGCGUUAGCUGAAGUAAUGUGAAGAGUAAUACUCCAGCGCUGAUGUGUGUGAUCGAAAUCGCAUCCAUAUCGAACUCAGGAUUAGUCUGUGGUACUCCUCAAACAUGCUGCAUUCUCUCGGCGUGCGUCCUACUGUAAAUUCUACUUUUUAAGAUGUGACUAAGCAUUUGUGCUUUUUCUUUCCAACAAACAGCUUAAAUGUAAUACAGAUUUUUAUUCUAAAUUAAACUCAACGGACAAUAUUACAAGCUACUUUGUAAACCUAAACUGACCAUUCUGCACACCUUUUUUUGGUUUGAUGCAUUUAAUGACUCUUAAUUGGUUGUAUGGUACACUGUUUUGGAACCUCAUCAAACUCCUGCUUUGUAUAGGUGUAUGCUCUAGAUCCAGUUAAUUGUAUAUCUUGUCUUCCUGAACAUAAUGUUCAAAAUGUGUUUUAAUUGUAAUUAUAGUAUUACACAAAGAUGUUUUUAAAGCACAAAUGUAACAGUAUAACAGUGUAAGUAGUGCAAAAAUGUACUUAAAGAAAUCUGCUAUUUUACUGAUGUAUAGUUAUUUUUUAUGAAAAAUCAUAACAAAUGAACGGUUACAUCAUGAUUAAAACUCUAAUUUCGGAUACAUUA